UAUGGCUAAUGGUGUAACUACAGAAUGGGAAGACAUUCAUGUAAAACAUGGAAAUUAUGUGGAAAGAGAGAAAGUGACAACUCUAGCAGAAACCUAUUAAUAAGCAAUUUAGAAGUUGGAUGAAAAAUAAGAUAGUGAUGAUGAUUUCUUUGAAGAUGAUGAAUUUACAAAAUAAUAUAAAAAUUAAAGGUAUGCAUUAUCUAUAAAAAUAGACUCUAAUAAAUGAUGGAGUAAGCUUAAAAGAAGCUAUAUGGUGAGGUAUAUGAGAUAUCAAGAGAUGAAUAUGUUAAAUAAGUGACUGAAGCAUCAAAAGAUCGAUUUGUCGUAUUAUCUCUUUAUUAAGAUUACAUAAUUGAAUCUUUAAAACUCAAUGAAGUCUUAUAAGAGUUAGCCAAACAAUAUAAAGAAAUUAAAUUUGUUAAGAUGGUAGCAACUAAAUGUAUUGAAAAUUUUCCAGAUGAUUAAUGUCCAUGUUUCAUUAUAUAUAAAGACACAAAAGCAGUUUCAAAUAUACCAUUCAUUCAUAAACUUAGAAAAAUUACAUUUGCCUCUAUUGAAGACUUGUUGAUUAGUCAAGGUUUGUAUUUAAAUAUUUAAUAUAGGUGUUAUUCCAAAACCAGUAGAAGAAGAUGAAUAAUAUGAAGAGAUUAAGGAUAAACUUAAACAUCCAUAUAAGACUAAUAAUGUUAAAGAUGUUGAUGAUGAAAUAGAUGAUAGAGAAUACUCUCAUAAAGUUCAAUUCUAGAAACCUAAAUGA